CCGGGAAAACCAUUGAGAAGCCCCAAACGACUGGCCUGAGCGGAGGCGGGGACUAGAGCGGCCGCCCGCACCACUCGCUUCAGACGUACGACGACCGCGGCCCGGGGGCUCUGACUGGUCGAAGCGGCGGCACUUUCUCCGUGGCCCCGGAAGGACAUAAAGCGGAAGGCGGGAGAAAGAAGCAGCCGGCAGGCGGAGGCAGUCCGAAGGGGGCGGUUGCGUGCGAGCCCGACGCCCAUAGCCCACUGAGCUUCUUCACGCCGGCUCUCGCGGCUCUGAGCUCACCCGGCGGCCCGGCCUCUUCUGCGCUUCCGGGAGCCGUGGCGAGCGACUGCGCCUGCGUGCCGGCGCAUCCGCGCGCUUCGCAGCUGCCCUCGCGCCGGCCAGCGCCGGACAGUUCCUGCGGCGCUUACCGCCUGGCCUCUGGGCUCCGCGGCGCACCGUAGGGCGGCAUGUCGCGGCGGCGGCACAGCGACGAAAACGACGGUGGGCAGCCUCACAAAAGGAGAAAGACCUCUGAUGCAAAUGAAACUGAAGAUCAUUUGGAAUCUUUAAUAUGCAAAGUAGGAGAAAAGAGUGCCUGCUCUUUGGAGAGCAACCUAGAAGGCUUGGCUGGGGUUUUGGAAGCUGAUCUUCCUAACUACAAGAGCAAGAUCUUAAGGCUUCUUUGUACAGUUGCACGUCUGUUACCUGAGAAGUUGACAAUUUAUACAACAUUAGUUGGACUACUGAAUGCCAGGAAUUACAACUUUGGCGGAGAAUUUGUAGAAGCCAUGAUUCGUCAACUUAAAGAAUCAUUGAAAGCAAACAAUUAUAAUGAAGCCGUAUAUUUGGUUCGUUUUUUAUCUGAUCUUGUGAAUUGUCACGUGAUUGCUGCCCCAUCAAUGGUUGCUAUGUUUGAAAAUUUUGUAAGUGUAACUCAGGAAGAAGAUGUGCCUCAGGUGCGGCGAGAUUGGUAUGUGUAUGCAUUUCUGUCAUCUUUGCCCUGGGUUGGAAAGGAGUUGUACGAAAAGAAAGAUGCAGAGAUGGACCGCAUCUUUGCCAACACUGAAAGCUAUCUUAAAAGACGCCAGAAGACUCAUGUACCCAUGUUACAGGUAUGGACUGCUGAUAAACCACAUCCACAAGAAGAGUAUUUAGAUUGCCUGUGGGCCCAGAUUCAGAAAUUGAAAAAGGAUCGCUGGCAGGAACGGCACAUCCUAAGACCUUAUCUUGCCUUUGACAGCAUCCUGUGUGAAGCACUGCAGCAUAAUCUGCCUCCUUUUACACCACCUCCUCACACUGAAGAUUCAGUGUACCCAAUGCCAAGGGUCAUCUUCAGAAUGUUUGAUUACACAGAUGAUCCUGAGGGUCCUGUUAUGCCAGGGAGUCAUUCAGUGGAAAGAUUUGUAAUAGAAGAGAAUCUUCACUGCAUCAUUAAGUCCCACUGGAAGGAAAGGAAGACUUGUGCUGCACAGUUAGUGAGCUAUCCAGGGAAGAACAAGAUCCCCUUGAACUACCACAUAGUUGAGGUGAUCUUUGCAGAGCUGUUUCAACUUCCAGCACCUCCUCACAUUGAUGUGAUGUACACAACACUUCUCAUUGAACUGUGCAAACUUCAGCCUGGCUCUCUACCCCAAGUUCUUGCACAGGCAACGGAAAUGCUAUACAUGCGUUUGGACACAAUGAAUACCACCUGUGUAGACAGGUUUAUUAAUUGGUUUUCUCAUCAUCUAAGUAACUUCCAGUUCCGUUGGAGCUGGGAAGAUUGGUCAGAUUGUCUUAGUCAAGAUCCCGAAAGUCCCAAACCAAAGUUUGUAAGAGAAGUUCUAGAAAAAUGUAUGAGGUUGUCUUACCAUCAGCGUAUAUUAGAUAUUGUUCCUCCUACCUUCUCAGCUCUAUGUCCUGCAAACCCAACCUGCAUUUACAAGUAUGGAGAUGAAAGCAGCAAUUCUCUUCCUGGACAUUCUGUUGCCCUCUGUUUAGCUGUUGCCUUUAAAAGUAAGGCAACCAAUGAUGAAAUCUUCAGCAUUCUGAAAGAUGUACCAAAUCCUAACCAGGAUGAUGAUGACGAUGAAGGAUUCAGUUUUAACCCAUUGAAAAUAGAGGUCUUUGUACAGACUCUGCUACAUUUGGCAGCCAAAUCAUUCAGCCACUCCUUUAGUGCUCUUGCAAAGUUUCAUGAAGUCUUCAAAACCUUAGCUGAAAGUGAUGAAGGAAAGUUACAUGUGCUAAGAGUUAUGUUUGAGGUCUGGAGGAACCAUCCACAGAUGAUUGCUGUGCUAGUGGAUAAGAUGAUUCGUACACAAAUAGUUGAUUGUGCUGCAGUAGCAAAUUGGAUCUUCUCUUCAGAACUAUCUCGUGACUUUACCAGAUUGUUUGUUUGGGAAAUCUUGCACUCUACAAUUCGUAAGAUGAACAAACAUGUCUUGAAGAUCCAGAAAGAGCUAGAAGAAGCUAAAGAGAAACUUGCAAGGCAACACAAACGGCGAAGUGAUGAUGAUGACAGAAGCAGUGAUAGGAAAGAUGGGGCUCUUGAGGAACAAAUAGAAAGACUUCAGGAAAAAGUGGAAUCUGCUCAGAGUGAACAAAAGAAUCUCUUCCUCGUCAUAUUUCAGCGGUUUAUCAUGAUCUUGACUGAGCACUUAGUACGAUGCGAAACUGAUGGGACCAGUGUAUUAACACCAUGGUAUAAGAACUGUAUAGAGAGGCUGCAGCAGAUCUUCCUACAGCAUCACCAGAUAAUCCAGCAGUACAUGGUGACCCUGGAGAACCUUCUCUUCACUGCUGAAUUAGACCCUCAUAUCUUGGCCGUGUUCCAGCAGUUCUGUGCCCUGCAGGCCUAAGGGUCAUUUUUCCCCUCAUGUCAAGAUUUUUUUUUUAAUAUCUUAAAAUAAUUUCUUAUUUUUUGAUGGUUUGAAUGCUUGCUUUCUUGUAGUAUCCUUUCACUUCUUAAAGGAAAAAAAGGAAAAGAGGGCAGUGAAUAACAUGGCAUUACUUUUAAUUGCCCUGAAAAGCAAAUACUUCCUACGACAGUAAUGUGACGAUGACCAUGAUGUAUUCUAUAUGUGACAGAUACGACUUUUCUGUGAUCGGUUUGGUAUUUUUUUCUUAAGGCACAAAAUAACUGGUGUGAGGUAUGUGAAACAGUAGAGGUCAACCUUACAUAGUAUAUAGAACUGAUGGGUUUACUCAGUAGUAUAACUUUUCACAGCUUGGGGAUAACAUGGCUGAAAUAAAACUAAAAGUAUGGUUUUUAAA